AUGAGCCAGUUCCAAUUGUUUCCUCCACCUUCCCCUGUAGGUGGAGGCUCGAAGAAUCCUUUUCGCAAAGGAAUCAAGAAACCGGCUGCAAAGCCGCAGCCAUCGAGUCCAAUACCUUUGGAGGACCUCAAAGGCUCGCAGACAGAGGCAGUGCUUUUGCAGAUUAUAGAGGACACAAACAAGGUCCAGCCGCCUCCAAAGGCACAUAUCUCCCGACAAACACCAGUGUCGAUACCGGAGACAAUACGUGAACCCGAGUCUGAUUCGCUGUAUGAUGCUAGUCCACAGAUCGGGGCCGCAGAAAGAGAACGCUCGCCAACACCUAAGACCAAACCCUCAUUACCACGAGGCCAGGCAGGCUCUCGUCAAAAGUCCCCGCAACCCUCUGAGCCUCCCGUGAUUCCCAUGAAAUCGAUAUUCCCUCGUUACGAUCCGAAUUUCCCGCUUAGCCAACAGCAGUACUACCCUCAACCCUCGAGCAGUACGCAUCGGACUCGCCACAAUCCUCGAGGGCUGAUUCUAACGCCAGAGCCGGAAAUUGACCGUGCUCUAGGGCCCAAGACUGUCCCUGCAAGCGUAUUGAACUUUCCGACGGAUAUGCUAGAGCCGCUUGAGGUACACUACUCCUCUGCAACGGAGCUGAAGGGUCUUUGGGAGGUUGCCAAUGGACAAAGGCCGCAGAAUCUUAUGGGAACAUUCAAUCUGCGUAUGCAUAGGACUGAUCAUGCAACAUUCACAUUCGGAGAUCCGCUGUCGCCAUUUUACACGAUGCAAACCUUCUCGACGGACGAGCUGUCUAUUGCCAGAGCACACCCGAUGAAACCAAACAGCAGUGUCUCCGUGAUGAUGCUGAAACUGGAGGAUAGGAAGCGUCGGCUACCGCCAAACGACGAGCUGGUCACACUGUUGUUCUCCCGACUGGCUGCAAUGCUGGCUAUCGGCGAAGCAGAGGAACUAGCAAAGCAACACCAACUUUCUUCAACCGAGGCGAGCGAAGUGGAAGGCAACGCGUUGAAGCGAGCAGCCGCACAAGAGUCCUGCAGACUUCUCUGGAAUAACGGGAAGCACCUCUACGAGCUUCAGCACCCAUCACACUGCAAACAGCAACCGCCCGCCCUCGUCGGCGCAGCUGGCUUCGGUGCAGCGGGCAUUCCCCUUUCUCCAGUGCGGUCGAAGUACGCGGGGAUCCUCCACAUCACAGUCUCGACUCCAUCAAGCGACACCAAGUCCCGUCAGCCCCCAACGAUCAUCGUGACGACGCCUCUAUCCUCCAACGCGAUGGAGGCCGCCAACCAGGCCGCCACACCACGCACCUCUACCCUCCCGUUGACCGACUCGGACGAGCCGCUGGCGUCACUUGACCUAGGCACAAUGACGCUAUCGAUCUGUGCGACAGCCAUCAUCAAUACGAUCCCGUCACUGUACGCUAUCGACUCCCUGGUAGCGGCCAUGCUGGCCGUGGCUGCUUCAGACGAGACGACCAAUCCUGUUCUGGCGGAUAUGGCCUUGUAUGACCCUAAGCAAGAAUCGCAUCACUUUUCUUCCCUCUCCAAUCCCGCCGGCGGGGGCAUGUUCACAGGAAAACUAGUAGCAACGCUCGCAGAACGCGAAGACGCCGAGGAGAGCAACCGGCUAAUGUCCAAGAUCAAAUUGUCCAAGUCCGACACUCCCACCGACGGCAACGGCAAACGAUCUUUUUGGUCAUGGGGACGCUCAAAGACUGCAAAACCAAAAAGCAAAAACAAACAGAUCAUGAUCGAGCAGCUCGAUCUGGAAAAGUACGGACGGUACGGGUCUAGUUCUUCCAGGGAAGGCCAGAAGCUGCCCGGUCCGACGAGGGGUAUCCUCCGGCUUUUGUUCUUUGGGUUGAAUAUGAUUGUACAGACGCUUACAGUGUUGGUGGAGAUUGUGGCUUGGUUGUUGGUGAGCGUUACUCGGUGCGUGACGAGUGAGAAGUUUUAG